AUGGCGGCGCCGCCGGAGUCGCUGCUGCGGUACUGCCCGCCCGUGCUGGUGUCCCGCCGAGGAGACAGGCCCUCCGCGGGGGCUCAGGCCCCGCGCAGCCCCGCCAGCUUCUCCUCCACGCCGCAGCCGCAGGAGCUCCUGAACGCCAUCCUGCCGCCGCGGGAGUGGGAGGAGGCGCAGAAGCUGUGGGUGCAGGAGGUGUCCACCGCGCCCAGCACCCGCCGGGACGUCGUGCAGCUGCAGGAGCAGCUGGACCGGCAGCUGCAGCAGCGGCAGGCGCGGGAGACCGGGCUGUGCCCCGUGCGCCGGGAGCUCUACACGCAGUGCUUCGUGUGUGAUUCCAUGUGUGAUUCCAUGAGUGAUUCCAUGUGUGAUUCCGUGAGUGAUUCCGUGUGUGAUUCUAUUGCAGAGCUGGAAGAGGAAAAGGAGGCGCUGGAAAAACAAGUGAGUGAAGAGAAAGCGAAAUGUGAGGCCAUUGAAAGGCAAGAAACUGAACGGCGAGAAAUAGAAGAGAAGAAACACAGCGAAGAGGUUCUGUUCCUCAAACGGACAAACCAGCAGCUGAAGAGCUGA